UUGUUUUGACAAAAUUUUAGUGUGAGAAAACUUGAAAGAAGCCUCUCUUUGUUUUCUUGGCUGCCUACACCUAAUUGUAUAUGGUACAGAUUUUAUUUAUGCGGUUAGGUAUGUCAUAUGUGGUUGUCAUUCUUAGAUGAAUGUCGAAGAAGACAAGACUUAUUGAUUAAUAUUCUUACAACUUUCUUCUAUACUUCUAUUAUUUCAACUCGCUGAGCAUUAGUUUUGGACUUUUCCCAAGUGGGUGUUUUACAAAUUUAACUCCUCCUUUUCUUGAACAAAAACUAUGAUUCUUUAUUCAACCUUUUGCAGGUCAAUAAUGUACACAAACUGCUCUAAUUGUAUUAUAUUGUCUUGCUGAUGCUUUUGGCCCAAACUGAAUAGCCCUCAGGGGGCUUAAGUUGGUUGUAGAGCCUGCCUUGAGUCUAAUUGUACUCUUAUUAUUAAUCAAGGUUUAUCAAAAAAAAAAGAAUAGCCCUUGAAUCUUGAAUUCUUGAUCAACAUAAAGUUAGUAUGUGCUUCAUUGUACAUAAUGUCUGAGCUCUCCUAAUCCGCAUUAAAAAAAAAAAGAUGACCAAGAUUUACAGAAACCCAAGAAUUGUUGAUCUUUGUCUCAUCAUCUUGUUCUACCACAAUUAUGUUGGAUUCUCACAAACUCUGCUCGGCAAUCAGCUCAUGCAAGGUGAGGUGAUGAAGGAUGGUCAGAUCAUAAUAUCAGAUAACCAAGACUUUGCUUUUGGAUUCUUUAGUCCAGGUAACUCAUCUUUUAGAUAUGUUGGUGUGUGGUAUAAUAAUAAUCAAGAUAGAACAGUUGUAUGGGUUGCUAAUAGAAACAAUCCCAUUUCUGGAAAAUCUGGUCUGUUAAGUUUUGGUGAUGAUGGGAAUUUGAGGCUUACAAAUGGGAAUAAUUCUGAUAUAAUAUGGUCUACUAAUUCUUCAUCGAUAUCGAAAAACUCUUCAAUAUCUCUUAGGGAUACUGGAAAUCUUGCUCUUUGCAGAAGUGAAGAUGUUGAUAAUAAUAACAAGGCUUUGUGGCAAAGCUUUAGUCAUCCAACUGAUACAUUUUUGCCAGAAAUGAGAGUUUAUACUGUGUCUCAAACAAGAGAUCUUUUGAAACUUGUUUCUUGGAAAAGUCCAAGUGAUCCUUCAGAAGGGAACUAUUCUAUGGCAUUUGAUCCACGAGGAUCACCACAGAUAGUUGUUUGGGAGGGAAUGAAUAAUCGUAAAUGGAGAAGUGGCCACUGGAAUGGCCUUAUUUUUCUUGGCGUGCCUAAUAAUAGGGCGCGCUUUACCUCGGGUUUUGGGACAACAACUGAUAGUAGCAGUGGAGAUACAUACUUCUCUUAUACAGCUGCAAACAGAUCACAGCUAGUGAGAUUUAAUAUUUUGCCGAAUGGAAAGACUGAUCAGUUGAUUUGGGAUGAUAGUAAGCAAGUUUGGAAUGUGGCACUGUCACAGCCAUCUGAUGAAUGCGGAAAUUAUAAUAUAUGUGGGGAUUUUGGAGUUUGUAACAUGAAGGAUUCAAAAAGAUGUAGUUGUAUCAAAGGGUUUGGUCCAAAAUCCGAAGAUGAGUGGCGUAGAGGAAAUUGGUCUGGUGGAUGUAUUAGGAAGAAGGCUCUGAAGUGUGACAAGAAUGGUACUAAUGAUGGUUUUUUGCCACUGGAGGGAGUAAAAUUACCUGAUUUUGUAGAUAUAUUGGCCGGUGAAACAACUUUGGAUGGAUGUGGAGAUAAAUGUACAAAGAAUUGUUCUUGCAGUGCCUAUGCAUAUGUAGUUGGAAUCGGAUGCAUGGUAUAUGGUGGCGAAUUGAUUGAUAUCGAACAUCUUGGAAGUGACAAUACACUGUAUGUUCGUGUAUCAAAAUCUGAACUCGGAGGUAAGAAAAGUGUAUCAAGUGCAGCAAUCAUAGCAAUUGCAGUAGUUGGAACAAUUAUUAUUGGGAUUAUACUGUGGGCUUCCUGGAGAUUCCGAGGAAAAAUUAAAGGCUCAUGGAAGAAGCAGAGUACUUCAUUGUUAACUGUCACGAGGAGAAGUGAAGAAUUAUCUGCGGAAUUUUUGGGAGUCGAUGAGCUUACAUCUGAAGGGAAGCAAGGUACUGGACCACAUUUGCCACUAUUCAGCUUUACUUUUGUGGAAUUAGCCACUGAUUAUUUUGCCAACAAGAACAAACUUGGUCAAGGGGGCUUUGGUCCUGUAUACAAGGGAGUGUUACCUGGGGGACAAGAAGUGGCUGUUAAAAGGCUCUCAAAAUUGUCCGGACAAGGCUUAGAGGAAUUUAAAACUGAAGUGAUACUGAUAGCCAAGUUGCAGCAUCGAAAUCUCGUUAGACUGCUUGGCUGUUGCAUUGAAGGGGAAGAAAAGAUGUUGAUUUAUGAAUACAUGCCUAACAGAAGCUUGGAUUCCUUUCUUUUCGACGCAAUGCAUAGAUCACAACUGGACUGGAGUAGACGGUAUGCAAUCAUUGAAGGAGUUGCAAGAGGGCUACUCUAUCUUCAUCGGGACUCCAGACUUAGAAUAAUUCAUCGAGAUCUAAAAGCUAGCAAUAUCUUGUUAGAUGAAGAAAUGCAGCCAAAAAUUUCAGAUUUCGGCAUGGCAAGAAUAUUUGGAGGGAACCAAAUUGAAGCUAAUACAAUUCGAGUUGUUGGUACAUAUGGUUAUAUGUCCCCGGAAUAUGCAAUGGAAGGCUUAUUUUCAGUAAAAUCUGAUGUAUACAGCUUUGGUGUAUUACUAUUAGAAAUUGUCAGCGGUCACAGGAAUAAUACUUUUCACUCACCUGAAUGCAGUAACCUUAUUCGAUAUGCAUGGACCUUAUGGAAAGAUGGCAAAACUGAGGAGAUGAUUGAUCCUUUGAUUGCUGAUUCUCGUAAAAUUGCACUCCACUGCAUCCAUGUAGGACUGUUGUGUGUGCAGAUGUCUGCAGCACAGAGACCAACUAUGUCACAAGUUCUGAACAUGUUAGAGAGCGAGAGUACUAGUCUUCCACUGCCCAGAGUUCCAGAUAUGUCAUCAAUGAACUCCACAGAGAUGGAAUCAGCUAUGCGAGAUCAUGAUAUCAAUUUAUCCUCCACAGAGGUAACUGUUACAGAAGUGAUUGGAAGUUUAAUUGUAAUGGAUUCAGCUGUGGUACUUUCAUGGUUUACAAUAGUUCUUCUCUUCCAUAGUUGUGACUCAAUUGACACAAUAACUUCAACUCAGUUCUUAUCUGAUGCGAAAAAUGAAUUUCUUUUAUCUUCCAAUGAGGAUUUCUGCCUCGGCUUCUUCACCGCUGCCAAUGCUUCUUCUAAAAGGUACUUGGGGAUAUGGUUCAACAAAGUUCCGACACAGCAUAUAGUUUGGGUUGCUAACAGGAAUGAUCCUAUAGUGACCAAAGAUGCUGUUUUCAAGAUCAAUACUGAAGGCAACAUCGCAAUUUUCUCUGACAAAAGUGCAACAAAGCCUCUGUGGUCCAGCAAUAUAUCCGAAAAUUUAAGUACUAUGAACGCGACUGCCAGAUUAUUGGAUUCAGGAAAUUUGGAAUUAACUAUUGCAGAAGGAUCAGAUGGUCGCAAAAGGAUGUGGCAAAGCUUUGAUCAUCCGACAGAUACUAUUUUACCUGGGAUGAAACUUGGGCUGGAUAAGAAGACUGGUUUGAACAGGGUAAUGACAUCCUGGAAGUCGGAGGAUGAUCCAGCAGAAGGUGAGUAUAUUAUGAUGUUGGAAACGCAAGGGCUGCCUCAGUUCUUCUUGCGUCAGAAAAAUUUGGAUGCUCCUAUAUGGCGGAUAGGCCCGUGGAAUGGUGUAACACUGAGUGGUGCAGCCAGACUGGCAAAUAGUCUUAAGACUUCUGUAGUGGAUUUUUCCCAGUUUGCUUCGCUCUUCAAUUAUACGUACAUUGAAAAUAAAGAUGAGGUAUACAUGACUCUAACAUUCCCCAACCCUGGAAGGUUCCGAAAGUAUGUGAUGGACUUCAAGGGACUUGCUCAACAAAGUUUUUAUCAUUAUGCUCCUCAAGAAAAGACUUAUUAUACCAACAGAUGGAUUCCAUUUUGGUCUGCUCCAAAUCCGUCAGAUGGCUGUGACAAAUAUAUGACUUGUGGAAAAAAUUCUGUAUGCAGCUCCAGCAAUAGCAGUACUCCUAACUGCACCUGUUUGCCAGGGUACGAAAAAGAAUCAGAUCAUGUACAUUGCAAGGAAAAAAGGAAAAAUCUGCAUGUAUGUGGAAAAGGUAAAGGAGAAGGAUUUGUGAAUUUAACUAGCAUAAAGCUUCCAGAUUCAAGACGUGCGAGAUAUAUUGCAAAUUUCAGCUUAAAAGAGUGCGAGGUAGAGUGUUUGAAGAGCUGCAAGUGUAAUAGCUAUGCUAGUGCUAAUGUUCAGGUAGGUGGAAAAGGUUGCUAUGUAUGGGAAGGUGAAUUAAAUGAUAUCAGAACAUAUCAAGAUGGACAGGACUUCUAUUUGCGUAUUGAUUCUGUAGAGCUAGCUCUUUCCCAGAAGUCUAGCAGGAGUGAUGUAAAGAAGAGGAUUCCUGCUGUUAUCAUCGUCUUGAUUGUUGUUUUUGGUGUGAUUUUGCUGUUUGGUUGCCUUUACGCGUAUAGAAUACACACUGUGAGAAAAGGCCAGAGGCAGAAGCAGAGGUACCGAGAUAUGAUGCUUGCAGGUUCAGAUGCAGAGACAAAUAACGAUUUCACCACUGCUGACAACUUUACAGAUAACAGCAACAUAGAUUUGACAUUCUUUGAUUUAGAUACCAUCAUAAGAGCAACAGACAAUUUCUCCCCAGCUAAAAGACUUGGACAAGGAAGUUUUGGUCCCGUUUUUAAGGGUGAAUUAUCAAAUGGACAUGAGAUAGCUGUGAAGCGGCUAUCGAGAACCUCAGGCCAAGGCAUUUCUGAAUUUAAGAAUGAAGCUCUGCUAAUAGCAAAACUUCAACACAGGAAUCUUGUCAAACUUCUUGGAUGCUGCAUCGAUGAAGGGGAAAAGAUGCUAAUCUAUGAAUACAUGCCUAAUAAAAGCUUGGACUAUUUAAUUUUUGAUGAAAGUAAGAAAUCAAUGUUAAAUUGGAGAAAGCGCCAUGAGAUUAUUGUUGGAAUUGCACGAGGGAUCUUGUAUCUCCAUCAAGACUCCAGGCUUAAAAUAAUUCAUAGAGAUUUGAAAGCUGGUAACAUUCUUCUUGAUAUAGAGUUGAAUCCUAAAAUUUCUGACUUCGGAACAGCCAGAAUAUUUGGAGGAGAUCAAGUAGAAGCAAACACCUGCAGAGUGGUUGGAACCUUUGGUUAUAUGUCACCGGAGUAUGCUCUAGAUGGCUUUUUCUCUGUAAAAUCAGAUGUGUAUAGUUUCGGAGUCCUCCUACUGGAGAUCAUUAGCGGAAAAAAGAACAACAGAUAUUUUGAGGACAUCCCAAAUUCAAGUUUGAUCAAACAUGUAUGGGAAUUAUGGAGCAAUGGCAGGGCCUUGGAGAUGGUGGACACAUCAUUAACCGAGGAUCCUCCAGCACAUGAAGUUUUGCGAUGCAUUCAAGUAGGACUCUUAUGUGUGCAGGACAAUGCUGCAGAUAGACCGACAAUGUCAACUAUUGUAUUCAUGUUAAGCAACGAAGCAACACUUCCUUGUCCAAAGCAGCCUAUGGUCGCUGUCUACAGAAGUACUGAUAAUACUGAUUCAACAUCGACUGGGACAAGAUCAUCUUCAAUAAACGGGGUCACAAUUACUGACGUUGGUGCACGAUGAAGACAAACUUUCUUUCAAGAAAUGUACAUACAUUUUAGCACAACCACAAGGCCUAAAAACCUCAUGGAUCAAUGGACAUAUAUAGAACGUUAUUAAUGUUGUCUGGGAAAUAUAUAUGGAACAUCAGCGACCAUCCAUAACUGAAGUAGAUAAAGUAUUCACUGAAUAAUUUCCAGUGCUGACUAGUCCUAAGCCCAAGCUACCACUAGUUGUAAAAGCAGGUUUUUUAGGAAAAACUAGUUGCAUAUGUUCAUUGCUAAACAUAGCUAAAACAUCGGACAUAGUCGGUCUGUCAGAAGGACUUUCUUGAACGCAUAAGAGGCCGACAUGCAUAAACCUCAGUGGCAAAAAUGAGGAAGGUAUUUCCAGGUCUGAAUCUAUGAACUCCAGCACCCUCUCGCUGAUCCACAACUCCCAUGCCUGAAGAUUGAAUACAUACGAUAGUGAGGAUACUUUUAAAAUUGGUUAUCAUGGACAUGCAUAUAUGACACUACAUUGUUAUAGACGUAAUAGGAAGAGUAAACCUACAUAUCCAAGUAGGCUGAGGCAAUCUGAGUGACGGAAACCUGUGCUCUUUUUUCCACUAAGGAUCUCUAGUAGCAAGACACCGAAGGCAAAGACAUCAGACUUUACUGAAAAUAAGCCCUCCAUGGCAUAUUCUGGGGACAUAUAACCGCUGGAAUAGAUAUUUGAGAGAAAAACUAUAUUAGUGAUCUUCUGUAGUCAAUACUUAGUUCUGGAGAUGUGAAUACUAAGACGUUUGGAUGUGGUUGUUACAUACUAUGUUCCCACAAUGCGGUUGGUAUUUGCUUGCAGCUCAUCUUCCCCGAAUAUUCUUGCCAUGCCAAAAUCGGAUAUCUUAGGAUUCAUAUCAUCAUCCAAUAAAACAUUGCUCGCCUUCAAGUCCCUAUGAAUGAUGCGCAAUCUAGAAUGUUGAUGGAGAUAAAGAAGCCCUUGAGUUAUACCUUCAAUAAUUUGAACACGACUUCUCCAAUCCAAUAGAUAUUUCUUACUCGGAUC